CAAACGUUGUUUGUUUACCUCGCAAGCCUCACAGGGAGCCACGAACCAGAGAAAAUAUAUGACCGGCUGUGCACAGAGUUGUCCUCGUGCUUGAAAACAGAAGUGUGCCCGUAACCUGGCUCUUUUUGUUUAGUGUUUCUCUGUAGACGUACUGAAACGAUUUCCAAACGCUUAGCGCACCCGCUAGACUGAUUUCGACACUGCACUGCUACUCAGCGGGCCGAAUGAGGCGACUCGUGCACUUACAAUAGAUAUUUCAGUGCAUUUAGCACUACUGAUUUCAUAUCUUCUCGGUGUAUUUUGAGAAAGGGCAGAAUGUCGACAGCACCGUGCGAAAAAGCAUCGACUUCAAUAAAGAAGAAGAAUGAGAAGAAAAUCGCCGCCAAGGAGGAAUACAGGCUGCUGACCAACAUCAUGGGUGUAAUGAACAACCUCAGGAGACAGGGCACGCUUUGCGACGUGGUUCUGGUGGUCCAAGGCAAGCACAUCAUGGCUCAUAGAGUGGUGCUUGCAGCAGCCAGCCAUUUCUUUAACCUCAUGUUCACCACCAACAUGAUGGAGGCCACGGCCCAUGAGGUGGAGCUGAAGUGCGUGGAGCCUGAAGUGGUGGAACUGCUGGUGGAGUUCAUCUACACAGCACGGAUCUCUGUGAACAGCAACAAUGUCCACUCCCUGCUCAGUGCUGCCAACCAGUACCAGAUAGAGCCAGUUAAGAAGAUGUGUGUGGAGUUCCUCAAGGAUCAAGUGGAUGAAACCAACUGUUUGAGCAUCAGUGCUCUAGCUGACUACCUGGACUGUCCCGAGCUGAAGGUGGCAGCGGACAACUUCAUCCACCAGCACUUCACCAGCAUCUACAAGCUGGACGAGUUCCUGCAGCUGGACGUCAUCAAGGUCACCCAGCUGCUGCAGGAGGACACCCUCAUCGUCAGGGCAGAGGACCAGAUCUACGAUGCGGCUGUGAGGUGGCUGAAGUACGACGUCCUGAACCGGCAGCAGCACAUGGUGGAUGUGCUGAGUAAAGUGCGCUUCCCCCUGGUCUCCAAGAACUUCCUCAGCAAGACCGUGCAGGCUGAGCCCCUCAUCCAGGACAACCCCGACUGCCUUAAGAUGGUCAUCAGUGGGAUGCGUUACCACCUGCUGUCCCCAGAGGACCGCGAGGAGAUGGGGGAGAGCAGCCAGCCGCGCAUGAAGAUGCACGACUACCGCAUCGCCCUGUUCGGAGGCUCACAGCCACAGUCCUGCAGAUACUUCAACCCAAAGGACUACAGCUGGACUGACAUCCGCUGUCCGUUUGAGAAGCGGCGGGACGCCACGGCCGUCUUCUGGGACAACGUGGUGUACAUCCUGGGCGGCUCGCAGCUCUUCCCCAUCAAGCGCAUGGACUGCUACAACGUGGUCAAGGACAGCUGGUACUCCAAGCUGGGGCCGCCCAACCCGCGGGACAGCCUGGCCGCCUGCGCCUCCAAGGGCAAGAUCUACACCUCCGGGGGCUCGGAAGUGGGGAGCUCGGCGCUGAAUCUCUUCGAGUGCUACGACACGCGCUCGGAGAUGUGGCAGAACAAGCGUAGCAUGCUGAUGCCGCGCUGCAGCCACGGCAUGGUGGAGGCCUGCGGACUCGUCUAUGUGUGCGGAGGCAGCCUCGGCAACAACGUCUCCGGCCGCGUGCUCAACAACUGCGAGGUCUACGACCCCGCCACUGACGAAUGGCGGGAGUUGUGUGCUAUGAGAGAGGGUAGGAAGAACCAUGGGCUGGUUGCCGUGGGCAACCGGAUAUAUGCUCUUGGAGGACAGGGCAGCUUGGGUGGCCUCGACUCGGUGGAGUACUACGAGAUGGGCAGCAGCGAGUGGCGGCCGGCGGCGCACAUGCCGUGGCGCGGCGUGACGGUCAAGUGCGCGGCGGUGGGCUCGGUCAUCUACGUGCUGGCCGGCUUCCAGGGGGUGGGCCGACUCAACCACAUCCUGGAGUACCACACCGAGUCCGACAAGUGGGUGUCGCUCACCAAGCGCGCCUUCCCCGUCACCAGCUGCCUGAUCUGCGUGGUGGACCGCUGUGGUGCCAACGAGGAGGAUGUGGUGCUGGUGCCCACCACCACCAGCAGCGCGCCGCCAUCGUCACUAGCCUCCACAUCAUCGUCGGCGUCGUCUUCUGCCGCCACCCCGUCAUCGUCAGCCUCACAGUGAAGGAUGGCAUCAUCGUCACUGGCGUCAUCAUCGUCUUCGGCCUUCACGUCAUCAUCCUCGGAGGAAAGAUUACGCCACCCCAUGUGCCAAUGAGAAGGAUGUGGUGCCCUCGGUGCUCACUAACACUACGCCGUCAUCGCCACUAGCCCUGAAACCCUUUUCAAGCAUGUUGGUUGGUGCCUUAAGGACUUCGAAAUAGUUUUACGCCACUAAUGGAGAGUUUGAGCAGGCUACGAACACAUUCUAUUAGAAAACAGUGCAGACAGGAAGAAAAGUCCCGUCGCAUUUUAAGGACGGAAACGGGGCAGGAUUACUUUUUUUUUUCCUCCCUGAACUAUUAAGCGGCCCCAUGUGCCAAUGAGUAGGACAGGGUGCCCACUCUCGCUGACACUUUUGUCAUCAUUAGCCUCGAGGUCUUCGCUCUCGCAGUGAACUUCCUUUUUCCAGAGGGGUAAUGCAACCCUGGGGUGCAUUUCUCGGAGCCAUAGUUGCUAGCUACGUUAGCUACUUUGUUGUUUGCAAUGCAAUUUCCCAUUGACAACUACCCAAGUUGCAAAGUGGCUAACAAUUAUGCUUUCGAGAAACGCACCCCCUGGGCGGCUGCCCUUUCUUGACCAUGCCUUGGAUUAAUACCCGUCAUUAAGACAGUGACUUGGGUUAAGCGUUUUCGAAGAGGACAGUAACUUAAAUUGUGUGGAGGCUCAGGCCAGGGUCGUCCUCCACCCUGGCAAUAGGUCAAGACAGUGAAUUGUUCAGUAUGGACAAUUAUUGUUGUCUUUGUACUUUUAAAUAGAAAAGUGAAUUGUGUGGAGAAUGUUGGACAAUCAAUACGUUUUGAAGGACCCAACUUCAUUGUCCUUUAGAAAGGGACUGUGAAAUCCUUGUCAGGGACAGAGUUUUUUUUUUAGGGGCCUCAUUGUCCUGACAGCAGUUUGGACGAGGACUGUAAAUUUGUGUGGUGAAUCAUGGUUCAUCUUCUCAGCUUAAGAAAACGGUGAAUUGAAUUUUAGAGAUUCAAAUAAUUUGAUUUUUAAGAAUAAAAGAAUUUGAUUUGGACAGUGUAUUCCGAGCAGAACCCUCCUCCUCCAAGCACUUUUUCGAUGGUCAGUGAAAACUGUGUGGGAGAGUCAUCGUCUUAUGAGUAGUUUUAUCAUAACGGUGAACGUGGAGAAUAUGAGGAUUCUUGGAGGGAGGAUCAUUAUGUUUGUGGGGACACAGAGCCUGUGUACUUUUAUUUAUGACCCUUUUUUGUACUACAGAAUGAUCAGGGCGAAAUGUAUAUAUUUCGAGUUUAAAUCAUGAUUUUUUUUUUUAAGUAUGUUUUUGAGGAUGAAUGAGUGUGACUAUGUUUCAAAAUGCAUGUCUGUAGAGGUUUCUUUCAUCUCUGCUCUUGUAAAUGUUUGGAAAAUAGGUGUUACAAACAUGCAGGGUGUUUACCAAGAUGAGCACAGCAAUAAAUAAUGUUCACAUGUGUCCAGUCA